CUAGUGAAAUAGGAAAUGAAUUUGAAAUUCGGAAAAAAAGUACAUGACUAAACAAAAAGUAUCAUCUAGACGUCAUGGGUCUAUGAUAUAGUACAGAAAAGAAACAGGGAAUACGAAACUCUAUGCAAUGUCCCUGUUAUUAUGAUAUAUUAUGAUAUACUAUGAAAUGUGAUUAUUCUCAUUAUCAUUCUUGUUAUUAUUCUUCUUAUUAUUAUUCUUCUUAUUAUUAUUCUUCUUAUUAUUAUUCUUCUUCUUAUUAUUCUUCUUAUUAUUAUUAUUAUUAUUAUUAUUAUUAUUAUUAUUAUUAUUAUUAUUAUUAUUCUUAUAUUAUUCUUCUUAUAUUAAUAUUAUUCUUAAUAUGAUCCUUCAGUUCAUCUGAUUAUACAACCAAAACU